AUGAACAAAGAGCAUGUGACUGCAAAUGGCGAAGGGAACCAUAAUCCCUUGAGGAAACCAAUGGAGAUGGAGAUAAGCAAAUUACAAACAGUCCUCGAGGUCAUGUUGGAGGAGAUAUUCGCGAGGUUAACGUUGAGAAGCAUCGCGAGAUUCAAGUCAGUGUGCAAAACAUGGAAAUCUUUAAUAGAAUCGCCCUAUUUCCGCCGUCUCUUCGUCUCCGUGCACCAAAGCUCGUGUUCCUCCUGGUCACUCAUGUUCCCAACUGACUAUCGCCAGGGCAUCACAGAACCUAUAGGCUUCCGUGGAUGUGAGACAUGGGACCUUCCCAAAUCAAUACAUUCUUAUGUCUUGGAUUUUCAACGGUCUCUGAAUCUCCCUGAUCAUUCUCGCUGCUACUAUCUAGCUUCCUCCAACGGAUUAGUUUGGAUCCAGAUCUCUGGUAACAUGAUGCCACCCUUCGUUGGUAAUCCAGUUUUACAAGAAUGGGUUGAAAUCCCUCCGCCUCCAGAGCCAUGCGAGGCCACUGGUUUGGUAACGCGUGUGGAGGAGGAGGACGGCGUCGUUUCAAGCUUCAAAGUGGUUUCGACUUUUUAUAGUAAAAAUUAUGUAGACAGAGAAGUGUGGAGAGUGUAUGUGUAUUCGUCUGAGACAGGGAAAUGGACUUUCAAGCAAAUUGUCACCUCUCAUCCUGUUUACAACGCUGGUGUUUACUCUCAGGUGAACCUCAACGGGAUGCUUUAUCUGUGGGAAAAGAGACCGUUCUCUACUGAGCGUGGAGUAGUUAUAGCUCAUGACUUCUAUGGCCCUGAAGCCGAUGAUCAGUGCCGGGUUAUACAUCUCCCUCCAGUCCCUGUCAAUGUCCUGAACAACGAAGACGUUAGGAGAUGCUUGACUACUUCAGGAGGAUGUGUUUUCCUCGUUCAAGUACUUCAUCAAACAUUGAAACUCUGGAAGCUGAACAACAAGAACAACAACUCUGAUGAUACUAGUCAAGUGUGGCACUUGUUACGGGAAGACCUCAGCAUGGAGUCUGUCGGGUUUGAUGUCUAUUUUUAUCCCAUGGCAAUGGAUCCGUUCGACACUAGUGUCGUUUAUCUAUGGAGUCGAUAA